AGCCCGAGCAUCCAGUGGCUGUGUAGGAACCAGAAAUGCCAGAGGAAGAAGUAAAGUGCACAUUAGAAGCAGUAGCAUCUACCGGAAAGUUCUGGCAGGACUGGGAGAAACUAAAGGGAAUGCUUUCGUGGUGGUUGAAGAAGGUAUGUUCCAGGUUCUGUCAGAAUAUCCUGAGGCAAAAAUGACGGACGAACGGCAAAAGGAAGCCUUAGGAGAAACAUAUUCAGUGCUCGUCACUCGAUUGGAUGAAGCCCUUCUUAGUUUCGACGAAGGUCCUCCAUUUACACUGCAGAGACUCUGUGAGCUACCACACAGAGCUUAUUGGUUUAUUUGUCUUCAACAUAUCCUUUUGGCUGCAAGGAGUAUUUACCCAAAGCUCUCUAAGCUUGCUCUUGCUUUAGAAAAGACUCUGUUGGUUACUUCGAUGUUAUCCAUCAGUACGGACCCACAAUUACAGACCACUGAGGAUACAAACGCAGCAGCAACGGAAGACACAAAUACACCAAAUGGAAUUGAAGCAGUGGUGGGAGGCGACAAGGAUGAGAUAAUGACAGAGGUAGAAGAAGCAGAUGUUGAUGACACAAUGACGAUUGACAUGGAAACUAUCGACGAACCAUCAGAGACAAUGACGACGGCUAGUGAGAGUGAGAAGCCAAGUGAAACCAGUUACGUAUAA